AGAAAUCAUGUCUGGACGUGGAAAGACCGGAGGCAAAGCCAGGGCUAAGGCCAAGACCCGCUCCUCUCGUGCUGGGCUGCAGUUCCCAGUCGGCCGUGUUCACAGGCUGUUGAGGAAGGGCAACUACGCUGAGCGCGUGGGCGCUGGAGCUCCCGUCUAUCUGGCUGCAGUGCUGGAAUACCUGACUGCUGAGAUCCUGGAGUUGGCUGGAAACGCUGCUCGUGAUAACAAGAAGACCAGGAUCAUCCCCCGCCAUCUGCAGCUGGCUGUCCGCAACGACGAGGAGCUCAACAAACUGCUUGGCGGAGUUACCAUCGCUCAGGGCGGUGUUCUUCCUAACAUCCAGGCUGUGUUGCUGCCCAAGAAAACAGAGAAACCAGCAAAGAAGUAAAACUGCAGGCUCUCUAAAACAAACCAACGGCUCUUUUAAGAGCCAC